CUGCCGCUACAUUUAAUUAUUCCAAACCCCAUGCGGGAUCGACUUCCUACGAUGCUCGUGUCAGCACAUGCGCAGUAGAUCGCCGAAAGUAUCGCUGAUCGGAGAGAACGAGGCGCAGAUGAACGGGCCGAUCGACUGCACGAGACGCGAUAAGGUAUGAUUCAUAACCAGUAAAGACAUGGAUGAAACAUUGGAUUUUUGACAUUUCAUGCAAUCCAAGCUCUUCAGAGCUUUUUGAGAUGAAAUUUAUACUUCCAAUUUCUAUGGACUACAAGUCAUUUUUCCUAUUUAAAAAUGUGAGCUGGCGUUUCAGCAUCCAAGCUCUUCUUGGCAUGGCUUAAAAGCAUUGGUCUCAUAAAUCUACUAGUAACACAGAGGCCUCAAGGCCAGAGAACGGGAUCUGAUAUGACGGAUGAGCUGAACGGGGCCUCGGCUGAACCGGAGUCGAUGAAACCGGAAGAGACUGUGCCGAUUGAUGCAGAUGUUGUUAUUAAAGAUGUGGAUAAUGCAGUGGCUGGAAAGGUGAUGACCGAAUCGCUACCUGAUUGGCUGAAGCCAAUGGAGGAGGAUGAAGAUGAUGGUGGUGAGGGUGUCAAGAGCAGUGAACGGAUCAUCACGAAGACCAAUGAUGACGUUCCAAAAGUAAAACGGCGCAGAGGUCGGCCCCCGAUUGCCAGAAAUGUUAGACAUGGACUUACUCGUUUAGAUUUCAAGAAAGGAUUGCAUGCAGAUCGCCCAAAAACUGAGACUGUUCAUCCUGUACUGGGAAGAACCCGUUCAAGUCAAAUAUCAAGAACUGCCGUUCCCGUCCCAGAUCCAGCCCGCACGCCUGAGGUUUUACCCAGAAAACCCCAGAGCAUCAUUCACAACUCGACGUCAACAUCUCAAAGACCUCGACUCAUCCCCAUCUCACCUGCAGGGGGCAGCAGCCUCUCCACAACCCCCAACACUGAAUUUCACAGCCCUCCACGCCUCACGAGGGUCUCGCCGUUCAGUAUCGACACAUCCGUGACACGGAAUUUCGUUCACACUCCGGCUGUAAAAGUGGGUAAUGUUUCCCAACAGAUUGUUUCCUCUACUGAACCUGGGAAAGAUGGCACUGAGCCGCCCCUUCAGCUCUGGCUCUGUCCUUCUCUGGAGCCCAUCAGCCCUACAAAAACUCAGGAUACAUUCUCAGAUCAGAUUGUAAGUUCACCAAAUUUUCCGGAGACUCCGCUUAAUGGAACAGUGACCCGAAAGGAAAGUCUUCCUCUGCUCAGUGAAUGUGAAAGCUGUGGCGGCCCAUUUCCUGCUCAGAAGAUCGGAGACAUAAUGUGCUACGGAUGUAGGCCUAAAUCAGACAAGAAGCAGUCUCCUCCAAAUAUUGUGUUUAGGAAGGUGGGGCAGGAUCAGUGGGAGGUUGGGAAAACAAAACAUCCAAGAAAACAAAUUCUGAAACAACGUCCUGAAUACAAGAAAACUAUAAAAAUGGAUUUUGUCCCUGAUGGGGAUGAUGAUGAUGACGAUGAUGAUGAUGACUGGGUUACGAAGAAACGCAAUCGCAGGAUGUGCCGGCAGUGUGAUGCGUGUCUUCGUGAAGACGACUGUGGCAAAUGCGACUUCUGCGCGGACAAGCCCAAGUUUGGUGGCAGUAACAAGAAAAAGCAGAAAUGUCGCUUACGGCAGUGCAAGUUUCAGUCAAGGCUUCAUGGUCAAAGAGCAAAUGGAAUGCUAAAACCAUCCCUUCCACAGAGAAGGAGAGAUGUGAAGCCCAAGCUCAAGAAGCGCGGGAGACCGCCGAGAAAACAGAAAUUCAGAAGCAGCCCCUGGGAGAAUGAUGACGAAGUGUCUGACAAGGAUGAGGAUGACAAAGAACACUUGAGGCGUUAUAAGAUGAAUGGCAGGAAAGGAGGAAGGAGGAAAUGGAAUUACAGUUUUAAGGAAGAUGAGGAAGACAUGUUCAUUGAGGCCGUGAUUGAGGAUGACAGAGCGUCCAACACAGAGGAGGAUCCUGAUAUUUUGGGCAAUCAGAGGUCAGCGAUGGUGUCUAAUGAGAUGUACUGCAACACGUCUGGACUCAGUGCUCAGGGAUUAUACUACAACAUGUCAGGCGUGCCGGCGGCUCCUUAUGUGCUCGGAUCAGUACCUCUGUGUAACAGCAAUCCAGCGCCGAUGGGUGAGGAGAUCAGCUCUCUGCCGCUGGGGGACGAUGUGACUCAGAACGGUUUUCUUCAGAUUGAGAUGGUGAGAGUGGGAUCACCACCGUCACAUUACACAGAAGAAGCUCAGGACACAGAACAGCACGUGUCCGUACCACAGCAGGAGCCCACGCCGGUGAUCACUCAGAUCUUCAGUCUGGUGGGAGGAGAGAACGACUGCGACCGAGACCAAGGCCUGAUGGAGCUGUUCACUUCCCUAAGCCAGACCGUGCUGCCCGCUCACUGGGUGGGCGUCAUGGCCAAAGGCCCCGUCCUCCAGCUCCUGCAGUGCUCCAAACUCUCCACCAUGGCUGACACGGUGGUCCAGAUCGAGAAGGGCUUCUUCUACCAGGUCAGUGUCCAGAACCAGCCUCUCCUGCUCAUGCACGCCGUCUACUCACACCACCCCACCUGCCUCGAGUCGGUCGAUGACGUGGUGUCACUCUUGCUGGACUUGGAAGGGCUGGGAGUGUGUCAGGGCUACCAGAACAUCCACAUGGGCUCACCGUGGGAGCCUAGAAUGAGCGUGAGAGCAGCUCUGUGCGAUUUACUCAUUCCCAAGGACGAGGAACAGUGUCCAAAAUGCACACAGCCUGUGGAGGGUUGAGCAUCCGUGUGAGAAUUUACUGUAAGUUUUCGAAUCUAGUAGUUCGAGAGAAUCCACCACCAGUUUGGAAGCUUAUAGUGCAGUCAGAGCUGUUUCUGACAUCGUGAUGAAUUGACAUAAAAAAAUGGUGCUUCUUAAUUUUUUAUUUUAUUUUUUUUAGAAAGAAGUUAGUGACACAGCCUUCAAAAAAGGACUCACAAAACACUGAGUUUUACCGAAAUCCUUUCUUUUCGUUGCUUUCCAGUUGGGAUUAGGACAUAAAUACAUUCAGUUCUCAUUUAAACUACCUCUUCAUUAUUUUAUGGACCAGUUUUAACCUUAAACCUCCCACGUGCCCUUAUUGAUUCAGACGUUUGUGAACAAGUUUAUUGUAGUACAGUGAGAAGCAUGGAAGCUUGUUUCUGCCAUAGGAUAAAAAAUACAAAAUGUAAUUGGGUCUUUUUAUCUCACAAUUCAGGCUUUUUUUUUUCUUGUGAUCGCAAGAUAUAAAAUCUGAAUCACAAAAUAUAAACUCAAUUCUGAGAGGAAAAGUGCAAAUUGUGUGAUCACAAUUGUGGGGGAAAAAAUCUGAAUAAGUGAGAUGAAAAGUCACUCUUUUGUUUUGUGGCAGAAACAAAAAAAUUGUGAGGUGUAUACUGAGAAUUUCGAGAGAAAAAGUCUGCAUUACAAGAUUUGUGAAAAAGAACAUCAGAAUUUAGAUCAAUCAGAACAAUGAGAGAUUAUAUCUCACAGUUCUGAGAAAAAACACUGAAUUGUGAGAUAGUCACAGUUACCAUAUUAUUUUUUGUAUUCUGUCGCAAAAACGGGCUUCCGUAGAAAAGUAUAUUCUGUACUGACUUUGUCAUGCUACAUUUGGGCUUGUAUGUUCAAAUCUAAAGUUGUUAAAACGCAAUUUUAAACCAAAAUGUUUUUUAUUGAUGCCUUACACUGUAAGGUGUAACUUUAUAGCCCAAAGCUAGCACACGUCUUUCAUUAUGUGUGUUAUCACGUGUUUUUAUGCAACGGAAGAUGCUCUCUGGUCUUUUUUUGUCCUGUUGUUAAUCACACCUGCUUUCAUGUGACUGAAUUGUGUUACGUAUGAUAAAGUGCAACUAAUAGCAUUGCGAUCCGCUGUGCAUCUGUGUGCAUUUCUGCUGUGGUGUGUAUUAUUCCCAGCCUACAGUACGACAUCUGACCUGAGGACAUUUCAAUGAUCAGCCUUCUUAAUUCUUCCUAGGAUAAAUCGAUGCAGUUAACAUUUGACUGGUUUUUAUUUCAGUGCAACAUUGUUUUUCAUUCCUGAGUGAUUUUAAUUCAAAUGUUUUUUUUAACCUCUACCCCUGGAGAUCUGUGUAAAAUAAGGUGUAAAAUAUACAUAAUUGCCUGAAAUUAUUUAUAAAUAGAGGAUGUAAGCUAGAGGUGUUUCCGAGAGCAUCUCUGUAUUGUCUGUUUAACCACCGAGUUCAGUUUUUGAAACACUGUAAAGAUUUUUAUGAAGAGUGGGUAAAAUAAAGGUUUCUUUUUUCUUAUAUAGAGAGAAAAUUCUGCUCCUUUUUUCUGUCUGAAGUGACAAUCAGAAUCAUUCUUGAUCCAUGAUGUAAUGCAGGGGUUUUUGAACUUUUUGGUCUAUGAAGAAUUUAGGAAAACAACAACUUUGCAACAUGUACUUUUUGAUGUGGUAACUUGCGAUUAAUGAAAUAUGAUUUCAUGCAAUAAAUUUACUGAAUUUGA